GCCUGACCGGAUUGCCGUGUCAUCAAGUUGUGUCAAAACGGUUCGGUGCCAAUAAUAAAAAAUUAAAUAAAAAGGCUGCUGAUGCGGUGGAACAGACGGCAUAAUUUCCAUAGAUUCUAGUUUCCAAUUAAGUUACCGCUGUGCUCUUCGGUCUUCUAGUCAAUAGUGAAGCAAAGCAAUAGCUUUGGGUGGUUCCGAGCCGCGUUCUUUUCGUCAGCAGUGUGAGAAAGUGGUCACCAAGGCAAAAUGGGCCUUCUGUACAGGGUUCGUGUGCGUGUCAUCAACUGUUUGAUCUUUUUCUUCUUGAUUAUAUUGCUGCCCGGUCUGCCACCGAAAACUACAUUCCCGUUCGAAGGGUUUAGAUUCGCUAAGCCCCGCGAGUUGAAAGGAGCGCUAGAACCGACGAACCAUUUGGACAACGCGGAAAGGCUGUUCGAAGGAAAGAUCUACGGUCCCGAAGCAUUGCUCGUGAACGGAAAGGAUCUGUUCACCACGAUCCAUGGAGGUGAAGUGAUUCGCAUCAAUGGUGAACACAUUACACAGAUUGCCAAGUUCGGAAAGCCUUGUGAGUUAUCAUUCGAGGAGGAAACUUGCGGCCGUCCGUUGGGUCUAGCAUUCGACACGAAGGGAUCGAACCUAAUCGUUGGUGAUGCCUACUACGGUAUCUGGUCGGUUGACCUGACAACGGGUAACAAGGAGCAGCUCGUUUCGCCUGACACCGUGCUGGAAGGCAAGGGUGUAAAUCGUAAAGGCAAACUGUUCAACAGCGUAGCCGUGGCUCGCAAUGGGGAUAUCUUCUGGACGGAUUCCACCUCCGACUUUACGCUGCAGGAUGGCGUGUUCAGCGUUUUCGCCAAUCCUUCGGGACGUUUGUUCCAGUACGAUCGCGCCACAGGAAAGAACAAAGUGUUGUUGGACCGGCUAUACUUUGCCAACGGUGUGGCAUUGAGCCCGAACGAAGAGUUCGUGCUGGUUGCGGAAACAAUGGCAUCGCAAAUUCGCCGUUACUAUUUGUCCGGACCGAAAGCGGGCACGGACGAUAUCUUCAUCGAUGGGUUGCCUGGUUUGGUGGAUAAUCUUGUGGCGGAUGCGGAAGGCAUUUGGGCACCACUGAUCCAAGCCGCGGACGAUGAGAAUCCAUCCAUCACGCAAAUGCUGUCGAAGGUGCCGCUUAUCCGCAAGUUUGUGAUUCGUAUGCUUGCGUUGGCCGAACUGCCGAUGCGAUUGAUCCACCAGGUGGUGCCCAACGUGCACACACAGCGUAUCAUUCACGCAAUUGGUCACUUUGAAUCGCUGAUAUUCUUUGCGCCAAGUCGUCAAACUAUUGUGAAGAUUAGCUGGAGCGGUCGUAUCCUGGGAUCGCUGCACGGGUUCGACGGUAGCGUUGGCAGUGUAUCGCACGUGGCCGAACUAGGAGACUACCUUUAUCUGGGCUCGCCGUACAAUAAGUUCCUGGCACGUGUUCCUCUGCCGAAGAUGCCAAAGAUCGAAAUACGCGACGUGAAGUACAAGCCUGCCACGGAAACAACGGCCACACCGAAACCAACAACAACCACGACGACUACACCGAAACCGACUACCACAACAACGACGACUACACCGAAACCGACGACCACCACGACUACUCCGAAACCGGCACAAACAACAACCACUACUCCAAAGCCUACCACGACCACCACUACUACGACCCCCAAGCCAACAACCACUACCACCACCACUCCAAAACCCACGACAACUACUCCCAAACCAGCGACUACCACGACUGAGAAACCUAAAACCACGGCUACGCCACCAAAAGCUACUACUACAACCACUCCAAAACCCACAGAAGCUCCGAAAGCUUCAACGGAAGUACCAGUGACAGCGAAGAAAACCGAUAAGAAGGCAACCGAUGAGAAGGAAAAACCAGCAGUCAGCUCGAAGGAAAAACCGGUAGAACCGGCUCCGAUUCACGAAAAACUCCCGAAUGAUACUCCUAAACCGAAGCAAGAGAAAUUGAAAGUGAUCAAGAAGGGCGGCGAACAGGGAGAGCUAUAAGACUAGCGCGCGCGAUCAGUGACGCACAAACCAUACUUUCCACAUGCUGAUCGGAACAUCAUCAUCAUCACAACUAUGUGCACAACACACGCGUCCCUGCCCAAAACCUGGACGUGACCGGGUGUAGUCAAAUACCUCCAAUACGCGUAAAAUGCGCCAAACAAUUAUGCACGUGUGUGCGAUCUCUUAGGAGAGCUUCUGCGGGCGUCGUGUCACGGCGGGAUAAAGCUUUACCAUACAAUCGUUACCGCGAAACAGUUCCGUCAAGUCUCAGUCCCAGUUUGAAGUGCAUAGGAUUUUAAAGCAAUAAUUCAUCAACCACUGCGCCGGAUGCGUAUGUCGAUCGGAGAAGAGUACAUCAACAGCCCCCUCACGACCCCGGAGAGGGGGCAAAGAAACUGUAGCAGCUAAUGUGAAACAUUCUUGUUAAUUUCAUUCCAUGAGUGAUUUGUGCGUGUGUGUGUUAAUUUUAUGAAACUAAUAUUUUUGUUCCUUCGGGAAUGCUGUUCACAUUCGAAGGGGGUAAACUCUAUUUCUGUGCGUCGUGUAGGUAGACAAAUUCAUUGAUCGAAAAAAAAGCAUACUUUUACGGCCGGCGUGCGGGGCCAAUGGUUAGGAGCUGAGUGCGCGAAGAAGGUUCACUUCCGCCUUUUUUCUUAGGCAGAAAAAUUUGGCAGCGAUUAGUGAUGAUCCAGUAGUGUAGGUUACGUACUGGUAGGUUAGUGAGAGUUAAAUUCACUACUGAAUAGGAAAUGGUACACUGUCUUUGAUAGUUUUGGCUGGAAAUUGUUUUCAUACUCAUUUGUUUAUUUCUUUGUAUAGUUAUUAGUGGUCUUUGUUUGGUUUGGAGAAUCAAAAAUCUUUUGGCACUAUAUUGUAGGGUAUCAUGUUUUCGACAGCGGUCACGACGGCGAUGGAGAAUAUACUUUUUUUGCUUGGGUAA